CCAGCAGCCCAGCCCCAGCCCAGCCUCCCCUCAGUGCCAGGCCGAACGUCCAUGCGAGUGGAGCACGUCCGCGGCGCCGGAGCCGAGCAGAGCCGAGCCGUGCCGUGCCGAGCCGAGCGCAGCUGGCUUGUGCCGAGGCUCUGCCCCGGACGAUGUGAACGCACAGCGCGCCGCACGGACAUGACCACGCUCGACCGUGCCUAGUCAGGAUGGUCCUCGUGGUGGCGGCGCCCCCGCCGCUCAUGCUGCUGUUGCUGGUGCUGGUGCAUCUGCCUCUACAUUUUGCCGCGCCCCACAACGCCACCGGGGAACCAUGGUGGACUGGCGGACCGGCCGUCUCCUACACCCGGGGCGCGGCCCGCCCCAUGUACACCGGGCGAUCCUACGACUACCACACUCUCGCCAGGCACCCGCCCAACCUGCCCGACCAGCUGGCGACGGGCCUGACGGUGCUCCGCCACGGCGGCAAGUCGCCCGGGUCGCUGCCGCACCUUCCCCGCGGCCAGGGCAUGCCGCCGCACUCGGUCAACUACGACGAGCUGGACGCGCGCCAGUACAUGGGGCAGUUGCCCAACCAGCCUUGCCCGGCGUGCCCGCGCGGCCGCAUCCUCUGCCCCGUCACCUGCGAGUGCAUCCCGGAGAAGCUGCGCUGCGACAACGCCAAGGACUGCGUCAUGGGCGAGGACGAGAUGGACUGCGACGGCGAGUGCAAGUCCCCCGGGACCGUGUCGUGCCCGACCACCAAGCGGUGCAUCGCCUCGCACUGGAUGUGCGACGGCGUCGACGACUGCGGCGACAACUCGGACGAGCUGCAGUGCGGUGAGUGUCCCGCCGUACCUUAACAUAACGUAACAUAACCUUAAAAAAA